AUGGACGACGACGCUGUGUCGUCCGAUGAAAGCUACGAGGUGAAUGCCCAGGUCGCCUCAGAAUGGGUCAACGUCGAGGUGGACGCGGAUGCAAAUGAUUCCAACGUGGAUGCAGAGGAGUUCCAGACUGCGAUGAAGAUGCUGAAGAUUACGCAGCACGUUGCCCGCAUGCAGCUAUCUCGUCCUGAAAUGCUCCGGGUGACCUCCGCGCGACAUGUGCUGGGGCGAUGCGGCCAGGGACUCCGUGGCGGCCCAGCACGCAGCGAUCUGUACGGCCUUAGCAGGCAGGUCAAUGAAAUCCAUGAGUUUUGCUCGCACUCGUGGCAUGGGAGAGCUUGGGAAAAGGUGGCGCUCCUGCUGCUGGUCUUCAAUGGUCUACCCGCUCUGCUGAUGGGCACGCUCGCGGUUGUGCUGACGCUCGCACUUCUUGAAGCUUACAGCAUAUGUUCUGGUGAAGCUUGGUACUGCAAUCACGCAGUCAUCAGCACAAGCCUGGGCCUUCCAGUGACCGCUUUGACGUUCCUCUUCUGGCAGUCAACAAGAGACGUGUUUCUGGACAGGAUCUGCAUCCAUCAGAGAGAUGAACUUCUCAAGUUGGAAGGCGUGUUGAAUGUGGCCGCCAUGGUGAAACGCUCGAAGUCCAUGCUGGUUUGUUGGGACACCACCUACAUACGAAGGCUCUGGUGUGUUCUCGAGAUUGCGGCCUUCUUGCAGAGCCACGAGGAAGAUGCGCGGCUUCAUAUUGCGCCCGUGACAUGGGCCCCCAUCACUGCCAUCCUUUUCUUGGGCUUCUGGUUUAUGUGUCUGAUCCUGGUCUCAGCGAUGGAAGGCUUGUGGAGGAUUGACGUUCGGUUAGGGGAGCCACUCGUCGCGGUUGCCCUCGCGGUGUCGGUGUUCAUGCCGUUGUGCAUACUCUGCCUUUCUUCUGCAAGUGCGCUUAUGCGUAGCCAUUUCCGUGCAGUUGAUUCCAUGAUUGAGCAGUUGCGAACCUUCUCGCUACAGCGCGACACGGUCUGUCAUUGUUGCACUACGAACCAUCUUGAUAAAGAUGGGCAGCGCACUCCCUGCGACCGGCAUUUCCUGGAGGGGAGCAUCCGUUUGUGGUUUGGUUCCGUGGCAGAGUUUGACAGACUCGUCCAACGGCAAGUUCGCGCAGCUUUCGAGCGUAAGCUUGGGGGAUAUCCAGUACCGUACUCUUGGGUGAUUGGAGCCACGACUCCGAUCGCAUGGUCAAAGUUUUACUACUUCAUCAAACCGAUGACUGAGCAAAGGUAUGCCAUGGCGAUUGCGGAGAUGUGCUACAUCGCAUCCUACUGGUUGGCAGUCAUACCGAUCACGGCUGCCUUCUGGGCAUGCACGGCCAGAUGCCUCAAGACGCAGCGGAACCGGUGGUGGAAGGAGGCUCUCGUAAACAUUGCUUGCUCGUCGUCUGUGGUGGCAGUCUAUGCCAUCAACUCUCUGAUGAUAGGCAUUUUAUCAUUACUGUUGCCCUUGGAGUGGGGCAGAGUCGCUUUCGCAGUGACGCAGGUAACCCUCCUUGCUGCUUUGCAUAGGUUCCAAUCCCGUGGUUUGUCCACAAAAGCUGUGGCUUGCCCUUCCGCGCUUUCCCCCCCCAAAGGGGGCUGCGCUCUUCCCCCGCAAAGGGGGCGAUUUUAA